ACAAAACCGCGUUAACUUCCUUUGCGUUCACCACAUCCCAAUUUCCCUUUUUGUUGUAACUCCUCCUCUAGUAUUUUAAAUCAGGGUUUUGAUUUAAUCCUAUCAUCAUCUUCGUCUCCUUCUCUGUGAUUUGAUCUGAUCAAAAGGAACCACUUUGAAGGAAACUGAGUACAAUGAAUUCUACGAGAACAGUAGAAGUUAGCAACAUUUCGUUACGAGCAACGGAACAAGACAUUAAGGAGUUCUUUUCUUUUUCUGGUGAUAUCGAAUAUGUUGAAAUGAAAAGAGAGGAUGAGCCUUGUCAAGUUGCGUAUGUCACAUUUAAAGAUACACAGGGUGCAGAGACUGCUCUUCUUCUUUCCGGGGCAAUGGUUGUUGAUCUAAUUAUCACCAUAACCCCAGCUCCAGAUUAUCAGCUACCACCAGGUGUUGCUUCCGCUCAACAGGGGAACAAUACAGACAGCAGUGCAACUUCUGCAGUGAAAAGGGCUGAAGAUGUUGUCAGCAGCAUGAUUGCCAAAGGAUUCAUCUUGGGGAAGGGCGCAGUUAACAAAGCAAAGGCUUUGGAUGAGAAGCACCAACUGACAAGCACUGCGACUUCUACAGUUGUUAAUCUUGACCAAAAAAUUGGUCUCAGCGAAAAGAUAAGCAUGACUAAAACUGUCGUUAACGACAAAGUCAAGGUAAUGGAUGAGAAGUUUCAAGUAUCUGAGAAGACCAAAAUAGCAUUCGCAGCUGCAGAACAGACCGUGGCCAAUGCUGGUCUUGCCCUCAUGAACAACCAGUAUGUCUCCUCAGGAGCUUCAUGGGUAACCGGUGCCUUUAACAAGGCUGCUAGUGCUGCCGUUGAGUUGAGUCAGAAGGCAAAGGAGAAGGUUGGAAAGACCGAGGAUGAACAGAGAAGAACAAUGGUUGAAGACUAUGCUAAGGUUCAUCUCUCUGAAUCUGAUACUCCGAAAAAAUCUGAACAAGAUGCUUCCAAGGCAAAACCAGCCGUUGAAGGUUUGAUCCUUUAAUGUUGUAAAAGGAGCUCUUUCUCAAACUCUGGGAUCAAAUGAUCUAUGAUUUACCUACUUUGCAUAUUUAGUUUGAAAAGUGGUAAAUUCUGGUAUACGUUUUCCCAUCUUCUUGAUUCGAUACGAACCUGAUAUAAAAUGUGACUCAUUUCUUUGUUUCAUUAUUUUGUAUGUUCUAAGAUACUUAGUAUGAACACCAUUAAAGGGUUUUACAGGGAAGUGUUGUUUUAGUAUUUACCUCCUCCUGUGUGUUGUGUGUAACUAAUUCCUUGGAUAUCAAAAAUCAAAUUUCGUCUUA